GAGGACGGGGGCGGAGGCGGGGACCGUAUUUCCCCCGGUUCCAAUUCGGAGCCGGGGCCGAUCCGGGGGCGUUCCAGCCAUCUCGUUCCGUUGCCAACCCUAAUUUUCUCUCCUUGAUCCGCAUGCAAGUCGUCAUAACACUUUUUUAAGUGGAAUUUGUAGAGCUUGAGUCAUCAAUAUGUAGCCUCAGGCAAUGGACUCUGUGUCUGGUGAAGGUAAACAUGGAUCAUCUUUGGGUGUUGGCAUCAAUUCAGACAACACAUCAGUCAAAGGAUGCAUGAGCAAACCAGAGGCUGCAGUUCCUGACUGCAGGGCAGACCGUAUAAUCAUGGAAGACCCUACAGCUUUGACGUUGAAUUCUGCAUUCCAAGGUGUUUAUCCACGGUUGGUGCCCAUCCUGCAAAGGGACAAUGUCCGAGAGUUCCUCUGCUUCUGCAAGAAUAAUAUGUGGGCGAUGGCUUGGGACUUCAUCAUCCCACAAGCCUUACUCCACAUGAUCAUUCACAAUUCUUUGCGAUGUGCCAAAGUUGCAUUGGAGGGCCAGGCUCCUGAGCUUGAAGGAUUCCGUGCCUAUCCCAACUGUGCUACCCAGUAUGGGUUCUUCCCUCUGCACGAAGCUGCUGAGAUCUUCUCUGUCGACAUGACCAAAUUGCUCCUUCAGUAUGGUGCGUCAGCAAAUAUACGCACGUCUGGCAGUAGAGUAAUUGAGGGCCUCCUCCCGAUCAAUGUUGCAGUUGAGAACACUUGUAUGCAUAAGUAUCUUGAUGACAAUCUAUUUCCUAAUGAGUUGUGUCCAAACUACUGUAAGGCAGAUACCAACGAUAUCUACAAGCUUAUUCAUCUUCUGUGCCUACCAGAAAUGAAGAUCUUCUUGGAUACAACUAGACUGCUGGCUGAAAACACAAAUGAUCUGAUCAGUGAGAUCUGCAAUUAUAUAAAGCAUGGCAAAAUUGUCCACACUGCGGUGUUGCUCCUGGUAGCUCAAGGGCAUAUCCGAGGUAGUUGCUCCUGCAAGAGAAAUGGUAACGUUAAGCCAGAUGGGUUUAGUUAUAUUAUCAGAUAUAUCGCUGAGCACAACAAUGACAUAAAAUUAGAGAGGGUUCAUAACAAAAAGGAGUACCAGAAGCUGAAGGAGAAGUAUAUAUCAUCAACAUUGUGGCUUGUUGAAGCAAUUUCUGUUGCUGGUCGAUCUCUUAGUGAAUACAUUCAGGGCUAUUCAAAGGAGCCUGCACCCCAUGAGGAGGUCAUUGAGCGUGUUUCAUCAAUUCUCAAGUUUUAUGGGUUUUGUCCUACAGGAGAAGGCAUCAGCAUUGAAAGCUUAAAGCUCUCCCCCUAUAAAUUGCCGUUGCCCAUUGUCAAUGAAACCAAGAAACGUCGUGGGAAAGCAAGUAAAGUAGCUGCAGGGGAGAGAGUGGCUGUGGGAAAGGAACUACCUCGAUCAUGGGAUCUCGUAUGCAAAAGGAGAAAAUUCUUCCCAUUUUGGCGCUCAGCUUUAUCUUGGGGGUUGGGUGGGAUGAUAUGUCCACCCCAUGCACUAGAUGAUAAGUAUCUCCGUGAUGUGAAAGCUAUCUGUCAAAUGAGCAGAGUAUCUUCUCCAACUCCAGACCAUAACAUUAGCCUUUCGGCAAGCAUGCCCCAACCGACAAGCAAUCAUCGUUCGCAAAGGCUAUUUGGCACUGCUGCAUCCACAAGCAACUAUCAGUCGCAAAGGCUAUUUGGCACUGCUCCAUCGACAAGCAACUAUCAAUCAAAAAGGCUAUUUGGCGCUGCUGCAUUGAUGCUUUUGAAAGCGCUAAAUAAAGUCUAAGCUAUUUGGUACUGCUGCAUUGAUAAUCAAUAAGUGUUCAUGAUGAUUAAAACCAUAGUUCCCUCCUACUCUAACUGGAACCUCAUUAUCUUUUCUCCUGUUUGCGCAGGUGCACUAGCAAGCAAAUGAUAUUCUCUAACUUAAGAUACUUAAGAUUAGAAAAGUCAGUGAUGAACUUUGGAUGUAUUUUUAGCCAUUUAAUUCGUAACCAACGCACGAGAUCGAUUGCUAUAGUAUCAAUGAACAGUGCAUAUGAUACGGUACUUUUGCUGAUUUUACUAUAGCUGCAAGAGUACCAUAGUGUUUCCGUAUGUUUAUGUGACUUUUCUUGAUAAAGUCAGAGAAUCCGGAUUGGUACACUGGGAUCAUGGCUAUUUCUUUUUCCCUUCAACCUUGUUGCCUGUUGCAUGCUUUUCCAAUGGUGGAGCCGAUGGUAACGUCGUCCCAUGUAUUAGCGACGAUAUCCCUCUUAUGUCAGAGGAUCCGCUUUCAUGGAUGGCAUAUUUUUAGGGCGCCUGAUAAUAUAUGUCACGUAUCAUACUAUUAUAUUUCUGUCAUGCCAUUAUUUGUCAUAAGUCA